AUGGAGACACAAUCGAAACCUCCUGCGAGGAAACCACACAUUAGCGAAGAGCCCAUUACUUUCUUCAACUGGUACAAACAUAUUGAUUGGCUUAAUGUCGUCUUCGUAGUUGGAAUUCCUCUCAUCGGAGUAGUGAGCUCCUACUUUGUCCCUUUACAUCCAUAUACCUUCAUCUUUGCCGUCAUAUUUUAUUUCAACACUGGUCUUGGUAUCACAGCAGGCUAUCACAGAUUAUGGUCUCAUACCUCGUAUAAAGCCACCCCGAUUCUCAAAUUCUAUCUUGCCGCCUGCGGCUCCGGCGCCGUACAGGGCUCGAUCCGAUGGUGGUCCCGAGGCCACCGUGCCCACCACCGCUACACCGACACGGACAAGGACCCUUACUCGGUCCGCAAGGGUCUCGCCUACUCGCACAUGGGCUGGAUGGUCAUGAAGCAGGAUCCCAAGCGCAUCGGCCGCGCCGACAUUACCGACCUAAACGAGGACCCCUUUGUCGUCUGGCAGCACCGCCACUAUGUCUUUUCCGUCGUCGCCAUGGCCUGGGUCUUUCCCGCUCUGGUCUGUGGUGUCUGGGGUGACUGGAAGGGAGGCCUGAUCUAUGCCGGUAUUCUGCGCAGCUGCUUUGUCCAGCAGGCUACGUUUUGUAUCAACUCACUGGCGCACUGGCUUGGUGAUCAGCCCUUUGAUGAUAGAAACUCGCCAAGGGACAAUAUGAUCACAGCGCUGGUUACUCUGGGUGAAGGAUACCACAACUUCCACCACGAGUUUCCAUCCGACUACCGCAAUGCUAUCCAGUGGUAUCAAUACGAUCCUACUAAGUGGAUGAUCUGGGUAUGGAAGCAAGUGGGUCUCGCCUACGACCUAAAGGAGUUCCGUUCAAACGAAAUAGAAAAGGGUCGCGUCCAACAACUCCAAAAGAAACUCGACCAGCGCCGCGCCAAACUCGACUGGGGUGUCCCAUUGGAUCAACUCCCCGUGAUCUCAUGGGACGACUUCGUUAGGGAUGCUAGAGUAGACGGCAAGGCUCUCGUGGCCAUUGCCGGUGUGAUCCACGACGUUGCCGGCUUUAUCCAGGACCAUCCUGGAGGCAAGACCUUGAUUGGCUCGGCCAUUGGUAAAGAUGCCACGGCCAUUUUUAACGGAGGUGUCUAUGACCACUCUAACGCAGCUCACAACUUGCUCUCCACCAUGAGGGUUGGUGUUCUUCGUGGAGGGUGCGAAGUCGAGGCUUGGAAGAUGCAGCCGUCGGAAAAGGAGAAGAUGGUUAGCGACUCGACAGGGCAGCACAUUGUAAGAGCCGGGGACCAGGUCACUCGAAUGUCGAGUGUAUGA